AUGGCGAGUAUAGAAGAUUUAUGCGAUGAACUUGUAAUUAUGAUUUGGAAUAAACUCAAUAAUCUUGAUGUAUUCUAUUCAUUUAUGGGUGUCAAUAAAAGAUUCGACAGAUUAGUUCGUGAUGUAAGUUAUACUCGUUCUAUUCAAAUUUCUGAUAAAGAUUCAAACAAUAACUAUUGUUCACUACCCGAUACUUUACUUGAUCGGCUUUGUUUUGAUGUAUUACCACAAAUACAUGAUAAUAUCGAAUGGCUGACACUUGAACCACUUUCUAUGGAACGUAUUCUUUGUGCUGGUCAAUAUUCUCAUUUAUACAAGCUGACUCUUGUCAAUUUCGGUCAUCAGUCAACAAGACAUUAUUUUACUAAUGAAUCACCUUUUGCUAACCUUUUCAAACAACGUAUAACACAUUUAAAUGUUUCAAUACAUUAUAAAUUAAAAUUACUGCUUGUUGAUAGCAAUGAAAAUCUCUAUGCAUUUAUCUCUUCGAUAUUUACAAAUUUAAUCGAUUUCAAUUUUACUUGUCAUUGCUUUUGGAGACGAUUUCAACAUCUAACAAUUGAUGAUUCAUGCAAUAAGAAUUCCUUUUUACAAAAUGUUAUUAAUUUGCGUAUCGAUGUCGAUACAUUGGAUGAUUGUUUGCGUCUUCUUGAUGGUCGACUGAUUUAUUUAAGAAAAUUCAUCGUUAAUAUUUAUACCAUUGAAUCUUCAACACUAAAUAUUGGUAGUAAGAUAUUAACUAACCUCCGAUAUUUCUCAUUAACUUCACGUAAAUCUACAACAGAAUAUGAAAAUUACAUUUUACCACUUCUUCAACGAAUGAUAAAUCUCGAAAAUUUGAUAUUAUGCUUGCGUAUUAGUUGGAGAUCUAAAUAUAUUGAUGGUUUUCAUUUCAAAAACAAAAUCUUUAUUCAUAUGCCACAACUUCGAACAUUCGAUUUCGAGAUAAGCACUUCUGUUCCACGUAUUGAAAGGGGAAAUCAACUAACAAAUCAUGAAUUGCAAAACACAUUUAUCGAUGAGAGAUAUAGACAAGUCAUAUCUUAUAUCGAUGAUGAUCGAAGAGGAGGCCCUCGAUCUCACAUCUUCUCUCUCCCAUAUACGAUUGACACAUCACUUACACUCUCCAACAACUUUCCAGGAGGUUUACUGUCAAAUGUUCGCCAUUUAUUAUUAAUGGACCAUAGAAAUUCAUUUGAACAUCAGUUUUUCAAGAUCAUUGCUCAAUCUUUUCCAUAUCUCACCGAUUUAUCUAUUCAUAAUCACGAACAACAACGACCCAAACGAUUAAAUGAAGUAGACAAAAAUAAUCCUCAAUUGUCGAGUAUUGAAUUUUCUCAUCUCAACAAUCUUAGACUCGGCAGUAGUCAUAUCGAUUAUGCGAAAAAAUUUUUGGAUGAAAUGAAUACUCGAUUACCAUGUUUAAUUCAUUUAGAUAUAUCAUACGAAAAUUUGGAAAGUGUAACUGAAAAUUUUACACGUGAUGCAACUCGUCGAAAUUGUGCUCAAUUAAAUCGUAUACAAUUUCAUAAAUCAAUCGUUCUUUCGGAAAACUUUUAUCUAUAUUUUUCUUCACUUAAAUAG